UGCAGCAGCUCUCGCGUUCUGCAGGCCAGGGGAAACAGGCUCUAGUGAGACCGCUGCCUUUCAGCCAGAUCUGUCGGUAACUAUUUACGGCUGAAAUGCUGUUUGGGCACUACAGCUGCAGCACCGCGGGAACACGGCUGCGCGCCCCGGGCCCGCCGCAAGCUCCGGGGGCUGGGUGGGGCGGAGGGGCCGUUAGCCCUGGGGCCGGCCUGCUUUCCCUUCCCCGGCUGUCCCGCCCGCGGACUCCCGGUCUCUGUCUCCCGGCAGGCUCGGCUCGGAGGAGGAGCGAGAGCCCGGGCGGCGGGAGAGGCCCGUCAGCGAGCGGCGGGGCGGGGCGGCCGGCGGGCAGCGCCAAGGCGGCGGCCAUUGCGGGAGGCCGCGGCCCUGCCUGCCGCCGGGCCUGAGGACCGCCGCGCCCCCGCCGCGGAGCUGCAGCUCGGUGGGUGCUGACUCCGUGCUUUGACCGAUCGGGCACCGGGCGGGGUGUGCGGGGCUGAGGGGGGGAGGAGGGCGGCGGCCGAUGGGCCCGGUCUGUUCCCGCUGGCGCGUCCGGAGCGGCGUUGCGUGUGCGGCGGGCCCCGGCAGUGGUGUGUGGGGCUGCCCCGCCGUCCUGCUCCCCUUCUCUGGGCAUCCACGUCUUAGCGGGUUAGUAAGCGUUGUUUCUGUCUCUGUGCAAACUGGAAUUAGCCCACAACGGGUAUAUGUGGGCUUAGUAGGUCUUUUUAACAAACCGCCUGCAAAGCUGGGUGUUUGUGUGUUAUCUAGCGUCCUUUUUUAAAAAUUAAAUUUUUUUCUCAACAAAGAGAGAGCAGAAACAAUAAAAACCAAGUUAAAGUGUAUUUGUCUCCGUGUCAAGUUCCUGUGUGACUGAAAUUGCGGCCUUUCUCUGAGAAGGACCUCCUGGCUCUGUGGAGCUGGCUUGUUAUGAAGCUUUAUUUUUGAGCCAAGUGGAAGAAUCCUGUGAGGAGGGUUGGCAAUAGAAAGGCUGGAUGAUCCCCACCGUUUUAAGCCAUACAAGAAGAUGCUUAAGUGUUGAACACACUGGUACUGAUGUCGUACUAGUUUGGCUCCUCUACUUCAAAUCAGCAUGUCGAAGAAAUCAGAGGCUCCGCUUUCCUUGUCCGAUUGCCUCUGCCAAAUUUGCAUGGAGAUCUUUGUGGAGCCCGUGACGCUGCCAUGCAACCAUACGCUCUGUAACUCUUGCUUCCAGCUGACCGUUGAAAAGGCCAGUCUUUGUUGCCCUUUUUGUCGGCGUCGAGUCUCUUCUUGGGCACGAUAUAACGCCCGCAGAAAUACUCUUAUCAACUGGGAACUCUGGGAAAAGAUUCAGAAGAACUACCCGAAGGAGUGUGAGCGUAGAAUUAACGGACAGGAUUUGGAAGAGGAAAUAUGUGUCCCCCAUCCACAACAUCAGCUGAGCAAGCCUGGGGAACUGAGGCAGGAAUAUGAAGCUGAGAUUAGCAAGGUGGAGGCAGAAAGGCGAGCACAUGAACAAGAGGAGAACAAGGCAAGCGAGGAAUACAUUCAGCGGCUUCUAGCAGAAGAGGAGGAGGAACGCAGGUUGGCAGAAGAGAGACGGAGGGAGAUGGAGAAACAGCUGAAGCAAGAUGAAGAGUUGGCCUGGCAGCUGAGUAACAGUCUGAAUGAGGAUUCCAAAGGACACAUGCUCAGCAGUCCUUCACCAGCAGGCAGUCUCUCAUCUGAAACAUCCCCGACUAAUUUGUGCAAGGUGAAGAACAAACCAAGCAACUCUGGAGACAUUCAGAAGUAUCUGUCUCCAAAGCUUCAUCAUACGUUGGGAUCAGCAUCAUUCUCUAGAACAACAGAAAGAGGCAGGAGUGACUCUGGCUCUGUGGACGUCAACAGCAAUGAGGGCAGCAGUUCUGCGUGGCAAGAUGAGCAAGAGGAAAUGCCAACACUGUCUCCACAGCUGACUGGUAUGGUUAAAGAUUCCAGUGCUAAGGAUUUGUUUUUGGAAUCGUGCAUGAAGUAUUUCAGUGCCUCAGCUUCAGGGGAAACCACCGCUGUCAAGCAGGAAAAAGCACCAGGACCAAAUUGUCUAGGAGACGAAGCUCCAGAUGUGCUUUGUGACAUGACAAAAGGGGAAGGGUCUAAAACAGUCCUUCAUAGAUCCGAAGGAGAUGGUGAUGGAAUUGAGUCAGACAGUGGCAGUUUAACACAUGUAGAAAGCAUAAACCUUGAAAACUCCGCUAAAACUUGUACCUCUGCUCAGUCAGCAACAAAUUCUGUGAUGUCUGACAGCACAAGUGUACUGCGUGAUCUCGUGAAGGUGGCUAGACACUCAGAUGAAGAGAAACCAGAGAGAUUGCAGAACACUAAGGAGACACCAAAAAGAAAGUCGGUGGAGCCACCAGUUGAAGCAGUGGUUGACUCAUGCGUGCUUGAUAAGAGGAGAAGAACUUUUCCAGAAAGUGUAGAGGACCAAGAGGAGCAGAUAAAUUAUUUCAACUUGCAAAUGCAGAAAGCCUUUGAGCAGGAGCUCUAUGAAAGGCGUAUGCAGGAGGAGCAGGACAGGCUUCUGGCUCUGCAGCUACAAAAACAGAUCAACAAGGAGGAAAGGACACUUAAUCGACAAAAGGGUUCUCCAGAUGAGUACCAUCUUCGCACCAAACCACCUCAGUCUGUGAAAGACUCCCCUGCUAGAAAGGGAAGUUCUAAGAUAGCAAAAGACUCAAAAGUUCCAAAAAAACAGGCUGAAACAAAUCACCGCAAAACUCGGAGAGGUUCUUGCAAUGAAAACUGGCAGUCCCCUACCAGAGUCCGAAUGAAAUCACCUAGCAUCAAGGGAGGAAAAGUUUUGAAUUGUGUGGUUAAUACCAGUGACUCAAAUGAUAUUUGUUCACUGCCUAAGAAUAAGCAAAAGACGAUCCUUCAGAUGUUUAAAAGCUCUGUUGCAGAGUAGAUCAACAGCAGCACAGACACAUGGUGGAAUGAGAAUUAAAACCAUGGUAAUGCUUUCUCCUGUGUUAGGCAAAGCUUCCUGUAAACAGUUUUAAAGUUGUUGGUUUUGAGGGGGAUUGCUUUGAGUCACAAAGUUGUGUAUUCUGAGAAGUUUUAAUAAUGUAUGCCCCCAGACUGAAAAAUUUUAAUUGAUUGUUUCUUGACUACAGCUUAUUUUCUAGCACUUGCAUUUACAUAAUUUUGGUUUUGAACACUAAUAGUAUUCACAUUCAAAAAUAACUGAUGGUCUUAUCUUAAAAUGAGAAUUCAGAGCCUUUUGCGGAAAGGAUGCGCAUUCCAUGAAGGAAACAAGCAAAAAAAUGAGUCUGUUUCCAGUUGUCUGCCCACUGCAAGGUUGAGGCUUCACUCGGCCCAACCACUGUUCUGUUUGCCUAAAUCCCAGUUUAUUUGUUUCAGUUAACUUGUUGAAUUGCAUUGUUCACACGACAGCUAACAGGAGUAUAACUGGACAGCUAGUCUUGCAGACAUGCUCUUUCCCUCUCAUAUACUAUCCUCUUUCUUAGACAAAGAGGGAAAAAACAGGUCAUUCUCCCACUGUCAAAGCCAAGGCUUGCUCAUAGAUGCCAGCAGUAGAAGUGGUUGUGGGCCGUAUUUACCUCUGUUCAGAGGUCACUUCUGCAGAUCUGACUCUUGCUGUCAUUAGGAAAAAAGAUACUUUUGUUUUCUUAUUGCUAGUGUUCUGCAACUUUAUUCUUGUAUGAGAAUAUUACCUAUCUUUAGUGCUAUUUAAUUUUCAUACUCAAACUGGUUUGAGUCUGAUUAAAAACAUGUAAUAUUAAAAAAAUAGUCCAGAAGACAGUUAUGAUGGAGAAAGUUAAACCAAAAGGGGGAAAAGGAACUGAAAACUGACGUAAGUAUAAUUAAAGAUUCACAUAACUACCAUACCUGGCUGUUACUGUUUCUCCCCCAUUUUUAGAGGGACUACCAAAUACUGUCUUCCAGUUGGGUUUAAAACUAACUUCAUUCAAAAGAAUUACAAUUUAAACAUGUGGGGAAGCUGAGGCCUGUAGGAAGUUGAGGCUGGUGAAGAGUUGACCAGCUGCUCCUCAGCAGAAGUAUUCUUGCUAGAUUGUUUUAUCUGUUGCUAUUAUGAAACCAUCUUUUGGCCUUUCUUUGCUUGUAAUGAGAUACUUUUCCACUGUACAUGUUUGAAAGACAGCAAAGCACCAAUCCACAUUGCUGACGUGGGUGUGCUGAUCAGCAAAGUUUGCAGAUGUUUUAAACAUCUACUUCUUUUGAACUCGUUGAUCUACAGACUAACUUGGUUCUGAGAAAUUUGUAACAAAAUACUUCAAAGCAGUAUCUUCUGAAGUUUUAAGUUUUAAAAAAAAGCAAACAAAACCCAACCUGAAAUUUUAUUGAAAGCACGAGCAGCACACCAAUCCAAAAAUGUGAAUUGUUUUUCUUUGCCUGCAUGUCUCUAUUAAUGGUAGGUUUCUUAUAAAUAAAUGAUUUAUUCUAAGAUGCUUUUUGAGAAAGUUACAACAGGUGACCCGUUGCAAAUCAUUGACUGUUCCUCUUGCUGCCUCAACUAUUAUGCUGGGAGCCUUCCUUGAGUAUAGAUGUUUCUGUUUAAUCCUUACUUUUGUUUGGGUUGUUUUCUGUCUUACCCAUGCAGUCGAAUAUAAGCCUUCAUUAAUUAAAGUGUUCUUUAAGGCA